UUCUGUGCCGAGUGUGCUUGUAGCUUAAAGUUUUCUCUCUAUGCUUAUAUGACGGUCGUAUUCGUAUUAUUAUUACGGAAUAUCUAAUAAGUAAGAACACCGGCUAUAUACUAUUUCCGGGUAACAGUAAUUAAUUAAUUUGUGAUCGUCGGGUAUUAGUGACAGUUAAUCACUACAGUGGUGGAAUUUAAGUUAUAGCCAGGCACUAUUGUCUGCCUUAGCUGUUAACAAUGCUUGCUAAACAUGAAAACAUCUGUAGAAGUAGAUACAACAACCUCCACCUUGCCGACUGAUGUGGAUUCUGAUGACGAUUUCGGCCCGCUAAGAUGUUGGGACUGUAACGUUAACUUUACGGAAAAGCACUACCUAUAUUCUCAUCUAUUCCACCACAUAAAACAACCCUACGUAAUACUCGAACGUACUACGUUACCCCCCCUCAAGCUAACUCUGAAGAACAAAAGCGGAAACAAUUUCGAAGUCAUAAACUCCCCAGUACAUUCGAACCCUUCUUCGGUCGGCUCCCCUAGUGAAACCGUUGCGAAAUCGGCUUCCAAUCUGGCAGAAACCAAAGAAGAACCGGACAACGCCGAGGGCGGGGAAGGGGGAGCGAUAGUGGAGGAAGUGACCAAAAUAGAAGCGGAAGAUGAGGAGGCGAGGGUCAGUUUUUCCCCGAACUUCGCGGACAUAGGGACCUCCUCGCCCGCUAAUAGUGACACCUCCAACGCCGCCGAGAAGACCACGGACAGCAUAAUCACCUCUAACUCCGCCGGCGAGAGCAAUGCCUCCGAGUACGGGAGCAUCCCCGGAGCGGAACCGACGCCGCCUCCGGAACCGUCGCCGGAUUAUCCCAAGAUCAGGAUCAAAACCACCGGAUUGCUCAAAGAACCCCUGACUAUAACCGAAAUUACAGACGACAACCCAGAUGGAGACCCAAGUUACAAUCAAAAUUCCAGUAAUAUGUGGACAACACCAUCCCUGGAAGAUCCACUAAAAUUACCAGACAACGAUGACAACAAUAUAAUGUCACUUUUCAACAACAAUGAAAGAGCUAAAGAUCUAGGUUUUCACACGAGCGACACCGAAUUCAUAUCGCUGGAUCGUUUGGAGGAAAGAAACAGGGGAGCAAUGCAAUUGUACAACCCGUCAACAUCUCAGGCCCAAAAUCCUCUGGACUCCCUAACGGGACUUCCAAUGCAAGCCUUGGCGCAGCAAGUGUCCAGGUUGCAGCCGUCGGGAGGUAGCGGGUUACACCAGCAAAACGUCUUAAUAAAUAUCCAACAGUUCCCUUCCGGGCCACCUCAGCCGUCUUACCAACCGCCGCCUAUGUACCCACAUUAUCCACCACAGCCCAUGCACCAGCCUUAUCAGUAUCAUUCUUCUUACAGGCCACCGAACCCCAUGUAUUACCCCCCUGGGCCCCCAGGCUAUCCACUGCAGCACAUGCCUCCGCCACCACAACCCCAAUUAACCCAGAUGGGGCAACCCAUGGGCCAACAGCCGAUGAACCAGCCGCCCAUGGGGCAACAACAGAUGUCUCAAAAUCAAAACCAACUACAAUCCUCCUCCCAACCUCAGAAUAUGAAUCAAAUGCCUCAGCCGUCUACACCUUAUCGCCAACCUAUGCCUCCCAGACAGAGCGCUCCUAGACAGCAGCCUCCCGGGGCUAGGAUGCCCAACGGACCUAGGCAACCGAUGGGGCAAAGGCAACCCAUGGCAAGACAGAGACCGCCAAUGAUGCGGCCAAGGGGAGCCGGAAUGACCGCUGUUAGAAGUAUUCGACCAAGGAUGGGUACCCCACAGAACGGAAUGAGGCAACAGCAACCAGUGAAAAGAACUCCGGAGCAGGUUCAAGCCCUUCAAGCGAAAAAGAAAAAGUUCGAUCUGCUCACUCCCGACAAAGAUGAUGAUGACUGUCAGGUGAUUUGUAUGCAACCCAAGAAUACCGAUGGAGGUCUCCCACAAAUAGAAAGUGUACAGGGCGGUACCUCUGAACCCGCAGAAAGCAGCAUUAUGCAUCUCUCGGAUUCUAUUACGUUGAGUGUGCGAAAUCCGCCUCCCAAGCCGGCCAGUCCUAAGAAGUCAGACGCUAAAGCUGUAGCAAAUAUUUUAGCGACCAGGGGAAUUACGGUGACGGCGACUGCGAAGCCUAAGGAAAAACCAGAAUCUCCUCAAAAGAAUCCAGCUGUCCCCACUUCGUUGAACCUCAAUGGGGCCGUCAGUAUCAUUCCUGCCGCUAAAAGUAACGGGAACUCAAAGACCUCCACAAGUUCAAACGAAAACCUUCCUACAGUGGAUUUGACAGACGAUACCGGACCCCCGCCACAACCAGCCGCCUCGCCGCAGAAACAGAGACCCGGCCUGCCCUUCCGUUGCGACUUGUGUCCGGCUCAAUACCCCAAUGCCAUCGGUCUAAACAAACAUCGACAGACCUACCACAAAACGACCGGAGGGAUGUGUGAACUGGGAAUACCCUUAAUAAACCUCAAACAACCUGGAGUCAUCCAAAAACUGUCAUCGUUGGGCAUAAGCAAUUAUAUUCCUUUGCCUUCCUCCGGCGCCGAUGGUAUGUUUGCCCUCCCCAUCGUUAACGCGAGGAGUCCUGGAAACGUGGCUGGUAUGGGAGCUAACGUUAUGCUGUCGUUGGGCCCUGUCAGAACAAUUCCAAAGCCGCAGAAUAAUGUGGGUAACGCUGCUAAGCAGCUGACCAAUCAGAAACCUUAAAUUGUGUUCUGGGAACACUGUAAAUAUGUAAUUAUAGAGUGUAGGUAUUUUAUUUUGAAUUUAAAUGGAAAGAACAUUUCUGUUUGUGUGUCGAUAUGUGACUUUCGUAUUAGAAGGGAAGAUUUAUUUUUUGACCUAACACGGACUUUUUUUUCAGUAUUCAUUGAAAUUUUCAAUUUGAAAUUCUACAGGCGAUUACAAAAAAUUAUUUUGAAUAAUCUUAUAAUAUAAUGUACUAUUAGAUUAUUUAAGGAGAACUCGGUAUAUUUUCAAUUUUAUAUUUCAGUUUUUUGAAAUAAUCAAAAGUUCCUUUUCCUAAAAGUACUUUUUCAGUGUUAAAUACAGGGUGUUAAUUAAUUAAAUAUUACAUUGAAAAACUUUAAGGGGCAGGACAGUUAUUUGAAUGAUUUUAAUUAAAAAAAUUAUGUGACCAUGAGUCUGCAAGUAAAUAGCUUUUGAAAUACAGGGUGCUGAAAUUAAAAAAACACAUUUUCUAGUGUUCAUCAAUUUCUGAAGACAUUUGAUGAUGAAAGACUAAUGGUUUAUCUAAUUAAAUUCGAAUAUCCAUUGAAUUUGUAUAAAAGUACCGGCAAUCGAGUUACCAAGGUUACUCUCACUAAAAACCCCAGAAAUUCAAAGCCACAGGAUAUUUUGGUGCACUUUAUAGGGCAUAACUGCGCAGUCACAUUGUACAUGCCGUAUGCUUGUACAAGUCGUGCAUCUACACGGUUCAAGUCAUAUGAUAACUGUUCACUUGUGCAGUAAGCUUGUUUCAUGUCCCUAUCAUGGUAUUUGCUUUGGAUCAUCCAGAGACACACUUCGCUUUUGUAAAUCUCCAGAAAAUCUUCCAAAACCUCACGAAUUUUCUCUUCCAUAGUUGUAAUCGUUACAAAUACAAGCUUCAUUAACCUCAUAAUAAACGUUUACACAGUUUACACAAUCAUGGUAUUGUUUGCUUUGGAUCAUUCAGAGACACACUUCGCUUUUGUAAAUCUCCAAAAAAUCUUCCGAAACCUCACAAAUUUUCUCUUUCAUAGUUGUAAUCGUUACAAAUAUAAGCUUCGUUAACCUCAAAAUAACGUUUACACAGUUUACACAAUCAUGGUAGUUUUUGCUUUGGAUCAUACAGACACACUAUGCUUUUGUAAAUCUCCAGAAAAUCUUUCAAAACCUCACGAAUUUUCUCUUCCAUAGUUGUAAUCGUUACAAAUACAAGCUUCAUUAACCUCAUAAUAAACGUUUACACAGUUUACACAAUCAUGGUAUUGUUUGCUUUGGAUCAUACAGAGACACACUUCGCUUAUGUAAAUCUCCAGAAAAUCUUUCAAAACCUCACGAAUUUUCUCUUCCUUAGUUGUAAUCGUUACAAAUACAAGCUUCGUUAACCUCAAAAUAAACGUUUACACAGUUUACACAAUCAUGGUAUUGUUUGCUUUGGAUCAUACAGACACACUUUGCUUUUGUAAAUCUCCAGAAAAUCUUUCAAAACCUCAUGAAUUUUCUCUUCCAUAGUUGUAAUCGUUACAAAUACAAGCUUCGUUAACCUCAAAAUAAUCGUUUGCACAAGUGCCAGUCACACUCCAGUAAACUGAUACAAACCUGUUUGCCACCGUCAGAAAAUCCGUCGAUUCCAACUCGCAACUGCCAACUGUUUUCGAACUGCAUAACUGCAUAAAUUAUUCUUCUACACGCUCAAUUCUGCUGGUAACGAUACCAAACAUUUCCGAAAAUGUAAAAUAACUUUAGAACACAACACAACUUAAGGGGUAACAAUUAGAGGUUGAAUUUGUGAACAUUAAAAAAGUAUUGAAAAAAGUCUAAAAAUUUUGCAUUAAAUUGUUAAUCAAUUGAAAAACCCUUACGAUCUUGCCUGAAUUAUAUUAUUGCGAAGCUUUGUACAAAAUUUCAAUUGAUUCGUUGAAAACUUUUUGAGUUAUGUUCCCGGCUAAUUAAAAAAAGUGAUUUCGUGAAAAACGCUUUUAAAGUAUUUGUUGCCAUUCAGUAUAAAAACUUCAUUAUAUACCUUCAAUCAGUGAUGUCUGCACCAUAUUUUUGACCUUCUACAAGGUGUUCCGAAAUUAAUGCAACAAAAUUUUAUCACAGGUGUCCCCGAUAUUUACCCCACCUGAAACUUUUUCCUUCUUAUAAUAAACCAUAUCUUCAAAAUUCUAGAGUGACUUUACCCCUUCAGUACACCAUAAUCAUGAGAAGUCUAAAAAGAGUAAACCACUAAUUUUUUUUUUCAAAUUUCAACACCCUGUAUCUCAAAAACUAUUAAUUUCUGAACCCAAGCUUACAUAACCGUUUUGACUUAAAAUCCCUCAAAGAAUCGCCCCUUAAAGUUUGUUAGUGUACAUAAUUAAUACCUUGUAGAAGUAGAUUCUGUUAAUAUAUUUCUUUUAUAAAAUGUUAGAGGCAAAGUUAGUUCAUUGUCACUCUUGAGGGAAAAAACUAUGUAUAAUUCGAAACAAAAUAAAUAUUGAAAAGGCUCUGUUUGUAAUAGACUGAUUAAAUUUAUUUGAUGUGCAAUCGUUGCUCUUAGAAUAGAUAUUUUUUUUGUACAAUAAAUAUUAUUUUCAUUUACAGAUAUUGAGUUUGUUACUACUUUGUGUAAUAAAAUGAAAAUAAUAUUAGGUAGGCAUGUAUUUUUUGUGAUAAUAAAUCAUUUUUAUAAAUA